CCAGUCAUGACGAUUCCGACAGCAAUAGCUCGGAAUGUAUAUGCGAGAAAUGUCAGCGAGAUUUUCGGGUUUUCAAAAUAGUAUUCGUCGUCGUGAGCAUCAUGGUGAUUAUAAUCUUAAUAAUCGUCGUUCUCAUGGCAACAGGUGUUUUUAAUCGUUCUGCAACCAACGGUGGAGUAUUGGGAUAGCCUCUAUAGCAGAAACCCCCGCUUCAUCGUCGGAGCCCACAUCUACAUCCGCGCCUACGCCUACGCCUACGCCUGCCCCCACGACCACGCCCACACCCGCGCUGUCAUUUACUCCUUCGUCUACAUUUAUGCCCCCAUCUAUACCCAUGUACACGAUCUCCAUUACGAAAACAAUUUCGUCCACACUCUUGGUAACCCAGACCCUACCGCCAUCCAGGACCGGUGAUACGGAGACGACAUCAACGAUCUCUUACGUGGUGAUAAUUACUACACCACUUAUGCCGCGGCAAAGCCACAAAAUCGGGGAGCCGGAUAUAACGACUACAAUGUACUCCCCGGUAACUACGGUCUUCGUCCCACUUUCGAAAAUUUAUCUCAAGGCCAAGUCGGAGGAGACAAACCGUUCGUUUUCGGAAGAUUUCCCGACAGAAAUGUGGCAGAAUUUUCCAUAAUUAAUAUUUGAUUGUUCUGCGGGCGUUUUGUGCCAGGGGAUGAUGGUGUUAUGGGUUUGUAUAAUUGGGGACAUAUCAUCAUUAAUUUUAGGAUUUGAUGUUUUCUACUCAUACAUCAAUUUUGGAUACCACUGC